GUGGUACAUUCCCUUAGAUUUGAUUUGAGAGUCCUGGGAGUAGAAUUCAGUUCAGAAAUAGUCAGCGAAAUGUUCGGUCAUCGGUGCUUUUGAAAUUCAUUUUAACUACUUGUUGCCACGUGUUGUCAUAUUUGCCCACCCACGUGAGAAGACAAAAAAGAUAAAGAAACAAAAUAGUCGUGGUGUGCAUGGAGCUCAUGCUCCAGUUCAGCCGUAAGGGACUCGUCCCGUCCAAAUACAGUAACCAUGGAGGAUGAAAAGUUUAAACAUUGGUGAAGAUCGCCACUGCAACACAUGGACUGCUUAAGAUUUUCAAAUUCAUUGUUCGUUGAUACCAUCUUUAGUGUACGCUUCAGUGACAAGACGCUGAUAAAGAAAAAUGGCCUCUUGUUGAAAGCCAAACUCAACAAUCAAUCUGACCCACUACUCCAAGCAGCUACUAAAUCCGCAUCUCUUCGUUUUCAGGAGACCCACCGACCAGAGCCUCUGUUUGUGGAUCCAUAUGCCGGUUGCCUUGUUCCUCCUAAUGUUCAAAUGGAUAUGAAAAAGCAUUCACACCAUUAUUGUCUUGCAACGAAGUUCAUUGAUGAUAAGUUACUUCGUACAGUGAACCAUAUCGAUGGACUUAAGCAGGUUGUUCUGUUGACAGACGGCAUGGACACUCGGCCUUAUAGGCUUAACUGGCCAAAUUCGACCAUAAUAUUUGAUAUUUCCCCUGAAAGAGUAUUCAGAAAAUCAGCUGAAAAGCUUGAAGGUGUUGGGGCUAAGAUCCCAAGAAGUUGCUUAUACCUUCAUGUUCCAUUAGAAUUGUCUAACAUACAAGAAGUUUUGCAUUCUAAAGGCUUUAAUGGUAAUCGCCCAAGCAUAUGGGCCUUUCAGGGACUGCCUGUGAUGACUUUGGCAAGUUUUGAAGAGAUUUUGCUCCUAAUUAGUAGUUUGGCUAUGAAUGGAUGUUUCUUCCUGGGAGAAUUGCCUGCAUGGUUGACAGAAACUGAAAUUGAGAACAAGCCUACCACAGAGAAAUGGAUGGAAAAACUGUUCAUGAGCAAUGGUUUUCGGGUGGGAAUGGUUAGCUACAGUGAAGUUGCAAGCAGUUUGGGUAAGGAAUUAGCACCGGGAUACUACAAGAAUAUACUAUUUGUUGCAGAACAACUGCGGUUUUCUGAUGAUCAGAUGGAAACUUGGAGGAGAGAAUUUCAGAGGGUAGAGGAAGGAGCAGAUGAGGAAGGGUUUGAAGAGCUCUAAAUGUAAAUAGAGAGUUUGAAUAUUUGUUUCUUUUAUUAUUUUUUCCCCUUUGUUGUUUAGUCAACUACAUUGUAUAUGAAUUUGCUAAGGCAUUUUGAAGUACAACGGUUUCUCCUGCUUUUCUCAUCAAGGAGGACUAUUUUUUAUCUUUUUA